AGUUCCAGCGUGAGUUAAGCACCAAGUAGGUCUUGAAUACAGUGAAUACUGGGGCCCAUGUGCUGCUGGGAAAGAUCCUACAGAACCACAUGCUGGACCUCCGAAUCUCCAACUCCAAACUCUUCUGGAGGGCACUGGCCACGUUGCAGAGGUUCUCUGGACAGUGCAAGGCUCGCUGCAUCGAGAGCCUUCUUCAAGUGAUCCAUUUUCCUCAACCACUGUCGGAUGAUGUCUGCGCUGCCCCCAUCUCCUGCCAUGUCCAGGUUGCCCACGAGAAGGAAAAGGUGAUCCCCACAGCCUUACUGAGCCUUCUACUCUGGUGCUCCAUCACUGAGACUAAGGCACUUCUGGCUGCAGCUUCUUCAGUCUGUGAGGUUGUUAGAAGCAUCCUCUCUGGGCCGGGUCAGAAGCGCAGCACGCAAACCCUUGGAGACCCUACCGCCUGUGGUGCCCUGAAUUGA